GAUCCAGAAUGUAUUCAAGUAUGCGAUGACGAUCCACAAUCAGAACAUAAGCAGUCGUCGCCUCGAGCUACAGGCCUACGUCGAUGUCAUCAACACCGCUGACGCCUUCAAGCUUUCCCGACUCAUAUGCAACCAGUUCGCGCGAGGGGUGUUUGCAAUGUUGGGUGCGGUUACGCCGGAAUCUUUCGACACUCUGCAUUCGUACACCAACACGUUUCAAAUGCCGUUUGUCACGCCAUGGUUCCCUGAAAAGGUUAUCCCGCCAUCGUCCGGACUUAUCGACCACGCCGUCAGUAUGCGACCCGAUUACCAUAAAGCAAUUGUGGACACAAUCCUAUACUAUGGCUGGAAGGAAAUCAUUUACAUGUACGACUCGCACGAUGGAUUACUGCGACUUCAGCAACUAUACCAGACUAUGCAGCCCGGCCGAACCGCGUUCCGCAUCGCACUCGUGAAGAGAAUUAAUAACGCUUCUGAUGCUAUAGAAUUCUUGUUGGCUUUAGAACAAUAUGACCGUUGGGGGAACAAGCGGAUAGUACUAGAUUGCAAUGCGAAAAACGCCAAAAGCAUAUUGGUCGAACAUGUUCGGAAAGUGCAAUUGGGACGCAGGACCUAUCACUACAUGCUCAGUGGACUGGUUAUGGACGAUCAUUGGGAAAACGAAGUAACAGAAUACGGCGCAGUCAAUAUAACUGGGUUUCGCAUCGUCGACCACUCGCGCAAGAUUGUGCGCGAUUUCAUGGACGGUUUGCGGCGAAUGGACCCUCGGUUCAAGGGGACUAUAUCGGCGGAGACAGCGCUUAUGUAUGAUGGUGUCCAAGUCUUGAUGGAUGCUCUUGGGAGAUUGUGGAGGAAGAAGCCGGAUGCGUUCAGGAGUGCGUUGAGACGUGCGGCAGGCCAGGCCAACUCCACUAAAGUCAUUGAUUGUAAUCCUGGAAAAAGCUGGGUGGUGCCCUUCGAACAUGGAGAUAAAAUAUCCAGACUUAUCAAAAAGACCGAUAUUGAGGGUCUCACUGGGAACAUAUCAUUCAAUGAAGAGGGACAUCGACACAACUUUACCUUGCAUGUGGUUGAAAUGACAGUUCAAAGUGCCAUGCUGAAGGUUGCAACAUGGAGCGAUGCUCACGGGCUUCAGGUCGCCACACCAAGAUAUGUUCAGCUUCGUUCACCUGCUUCGUACGAUACUAAUAAAACAUACAUCGUGACCUCUUUUCUUGAAGAACCUUAUCUAAUGCAGAAACCGAUAGAAUUUGGUCAGAAAGAAGAGUUAUUUGGAUUUUGCAAAGAUUUAAUGGAUGUCAUUGCGAAAAAAAUGGGAAUCAAAUACAAAUUAAAACUAUCGAAUGACGCCAAUUAUGCAAAUGACGCCUUACCAGACAUUCACAGCGGCGUAGUAGGCGAAAUUGUGAGAAAGGAGGCAGACAUAGCGAUUGCACCAUUCGCAGUAACACCUGAACGUGAGCGAUUAGUGGACUUCAGCGAGCCGUUUCUCACGCUGGACACCCCGAUCGCUUACACGAGGACCCCAAGGCAGUUAUCGGACACAUUCAGUUUUCUUCGACCAUUAUCAAAAGAAAUAUGGCUCUGUGUGCUGUUCAGCUUCUUUGCUGUCAGCAUUGUCCUCUUCUUAGUAUCAAGGUUCUCUCCGCACGAAUGGAAAUCAGUUUCUAUAUCUGACACCCAAUUGGAUCAUACCAUGAGCAGCACCAGUGAGAUUAUUUUGCACAAUGAAUUCAGUAUUUGGAAUUCGUUCUGGUUUUCGCUAGGAUCUUUUAUGCAACAAGGCAGCGACGUGGUACCGAGGUCUUUAUCGGGAAGAAUUGUUGGGACAGUAUGGUGGUUCUUUGCCCUCAUCCUAGUUUGCUCUUACACAGCAAAUCUGGCAGCAUAUCUCAUUGUGGAGCGAAUAGCAGAACCAGCCCUUUCUACUGUCAGCUAUUCACCAAACAUUGCGCAUACUGAAAGCAGCAGUUUAAAUUUUCGGAACAAUUUUGUGAAGGAUCCUGUCCUAAAUGAAGAGGCUAUAUCAGCUUAUUCUGAUGACGGUGAAGCGUGUGGCCCUUCGCGUGUUUGCCGAUAUAAGCACGUUAAUUUCGCUUUCGCCACGGCAAAGGGAUCGCCUCUCAGGGAAGCAAUAAACUUGGCGAUAGUGAAUUUGAAAAAGGAAGACUUUAUAACUAAGCUUUGGCGCAAAUGGGCUACUUAUAACAAGAAGCCGGAUUGUGAAAUGAUCAAAGACGAGGAGACAACAAUAACAGAAAUGACGUUGAGCCAAGUGGCGGGUAUAUUCUAUGUGUUAGUGGGAGGCUUGGCGCUAGCUCUUGGGGUGGCACUGGUAGAAUUUUGCCAGCACGGGCGCGCCGAGGCGGCGCGAGCAAACGUGCCUCUUCGGGCUGCGCUCCGGGCUAAAGCUCGCCUCGCCUCUCGUACGGAGCGCAAAACGCCGCCACAACGAACACAAGGCGAUCACGAACGCCUCGGGUGGAAUGGUGCGGCUUUUGCAGGGUACUUCACGUCGGGUACGCAAAUCUCUCAGGAGGAUGCUGUCCACGCCAGUUUCACGCAUGUCUGA